AGGUUGAGAGAUGUGUUCGAGCUAGUGACGAGAGAUGACAUCCUGAAAAGCAGACAGAGAGCGAAGAGCGACGCCAGAGACGCCGGCGCUUACAACCUGACGAAACGUUGCGCCGAUUGUCGUUUGUUCGUUUCGUGGUAGUGGGGGAAAAACCGCGCUCCGUGUUGUCAGUCACUCAGUCAACGGAGGCUCUGCAACUGAGAAGGACGCUCUUCACUUGUUCCGUGCGUUGACAUUCGCUCCAACUGUCGCGGGGGGCGAAUUGACAGUGAUCGGUGACGAAGUGAAAGACCGCGAACAUCAUCGUGACCGCCGAACCAUGUUCACCCACGAUCCCCUACUUGCGUAUACGAAAUACCUGUGCUGUGCAGUGUUCCACCGCUAAGCGAGUCCUCGAUCGGAGUUUUGUUUUUUCCGGAUGUUAGUGAUGUUUGUUUGGUGGAGAAAAUGAACUAGAGAAGAGCAAAAAGUCGUUCAAGAUUUUGCGAAAAUCGUCCAGGAAAGCGGGCAAAAUGCCGAGACGAAAACAGGAUUGCCCUAAAAGGAUGAAAUGGGAAGGUGGCGAGGAAGGCUCGCCGGAAGAAGGCGAUAAAUUGGAAGGCGACGAAGACAACGGCUCUAUGACUCCCAAUUCGGUCGCCUCUCCCGUACCRCCCGAAGAAGAGGCUACCUCUCCGACACCUGGCGAUGUCCCCACUCCCUCUAGUCCACGCUCUGUCAACGAAGAUCCUCUCAACUGCAGGGAUUUACCGAAUUCCCGUUGCAAUUCUCGCGAGUCAUCGGAUUCUCUAGGGCAGCCCCGCUGUCCAUCCGGCGAAUCGAUGCUUUCGGAGCGUGCAGCUCUGUUACGGGGCGUCCCGAUCGGGGCCUCGGCACUGAGCCCCGUCGGGGUGACCCUUCCGCCCACUCUUCCAGCGGCGGCGGCCGCGGCUUUAUUGCCACCUCAGACCGCUGCCAUGGCGGCUUAYCUCAACGCGGCGGCCGUGGCGGCGGCGGCCCAACAAUCCCAUCGUCUCAUGAUGACAUCGCCGUCUGGCUUCAACAGGGCCUCAGUCUCACCGCUGAUCUCAUCUUCGUCGUCGCCGCCAGGAGUCUUUCCCGUUGACGCGCCAAUGCACUCUCCGCCUGGUGACGGUAUUCUUGACUUUAGUAAACGUGGCCAAAAAAGUGACGCUGAUAGUGACUCUGACGUGGUUAAUCUUAGCAAGCCAGGGACUCCCCCGAGCGGCGAAUCCGGGAACGGCCCUCUUGAUCUGAGUGUGAGCAGCCGGAAGCGCUCUAAUGAGGACUCCGUGUCGCAGCCGCCGAAUCGCAAACCGCGAACUGAUUUUAAACCGCAGGUUUUGCCUCAGUGGCCCUCGCCGAUCGGUGCUUCGCAUUUACCGUAUUUUGCUGCUGCCGUUGCCGCCGCGUCGAAUUUGUCACCAAAAACAAACAAUUCGUCCGACUUGUGGAACGGCAAAUUGAAACACGGGGCCCCCACCCCGAGCGACGCUACCAAAGCGUUGGAAAAAAUGAGCGAAUUAAGCAAACUCGGCGGCGAGGACUUAUUCCGUACUAUGGCGAACGCCGCCCCAGGAAAUUCCGCCGGUAACAGACAUAGUGCUUGGCAAUCGCACUGGUUAAAUAAGGGCGCCGAGCAAGCAAAAGAUGUGUUGAAAUGCGUCUGGUGCAAACAAAGUUUCCCGAGUUUAGCCGCGAUGACGACUCACAUGAAAGAAGCGAAACAUUGCGGCGUCAACGUUCCCGUCCCUCCGAUGCAAUCACAAAUCAUGAAUCCUCAACCUCAAAUAACAUCGCCUUCAAACACAAACACAAGUACCUCUUCUACUAAUUCGAACAAACCUAAUUCAUCCGAUCUCAACAUGUUGAUCAAAGAAACAAUGCCUCUGCCACGAAAGUUAGUUAGGGGACAAGAUGUGUGGCUGGGCAAGGGAGCUGAACAAACAAGACAAAUACUCAAGUGUAUGUGGUGUGGUCAAAGCUUCAGAUCUUUGGCUGAAAUGACGAGUCACAUGCAACAAACGCAACAUUACACAAAUAUUAUCUCGCAAGAACAAAUUAUUUCGUGGCGGUCGUCGGAUGAUGCGAAAGGGGGCGGCGGAGGGAGCGGCUCAGGUAACAACCAACCACCGGGAGGACCGAGCAGUCAUGUUAGUGCAGUUCUGACUUGCAAAGUUUGUGAUCAAGCUUUCAGUUCUUUGAAAGAAUUGAGUAAUCACAUGGUCAAAAAUUCACACUAUAAAGAACACAUAAUGAGAUCGAUUACUGAAAGUGGGGGUCGCAGAAGACAGACGAGGGAAAAACGCAAAAAAUCUCUCCCCGUCCGAAAACUACUAGAAUUAGAAAGAGCCCAACACGAAUUCAAGAAUGGUGAUAGCAGCAGUUUACUCGARAAAAUGCGUGAUCCUUCAGGAGCUGGAAGAAUUACUUGCGAAAAGUGUGGCAAUAAAAUUGACACGUCUUUGUUUGUAGAUCAUAUAAGACAGUGUGUCGGAGGAGGAACCAUAGGAAGCAAUCAGAGAAAUUUUCUUAAAAACGCACUUAUGUCAAAUAAUAUUUUACCACCAGAAAGUCCAACUAGAGAUAAGUCGAAACAAAAUGAAAAGUCUCCUUCACCCCAACAACGGUCACCUUCAGUCACUGAUUUAAGUACCAACAAGGACGGUACGACCGUUCCAGAAAAUAAUAACGGUUCUUCUCCUUCUGUUCUCAACGCCAUCGAGAAAUUAAUUGAAAAAAGUUUUGAUUCACGAUCUCGACAAAAUUCGUCUUUCCCCGGUCACGGUCCAACUACAGCUCCUAUGGGUUCUAGUAUUUUAAAACGAUUAGGAAUUGACGAAAGCGUCGACUAUACCAAACCAUUAGUAGACGCACAAACCAUGAAUUUGUUACGAAGUUAUCACCAGCAACAAAGUCAUCAUUACGGUAGACGGGAACGCAGUGGGAGCGAAUCGAGUUCAAUAUCAGAACGUUGUAGUAGUCGAGUAGAGUCUUUAACACCUGAACGCAAAAUGGAACCACCGGGAGUACCACUGAACAGUACUCCCAGAUCCACCCCCGACAAAAGGGAAAAAUCUCCGACUUCCGAUAAAGCACAAGAAACGGAAGGCGAAGUCAUAGUGAAAAAAGAGGUUAAUGACGAGGAACGACUUGAGAAUCACACUAGUGUUAAAAUUAAACGUGAAGCUGAAGAUCGUGAUGAAGACGAGCGCAGUUUUCACAGUAACGGUGCCAAGGAGGAGGACGAGACGAAGCCUUCGGUGACUCCYUUGUCCAGUCCUCGACAGGCUGYAGAGACCCACGCAAGCAGUCCCUGUCGGAACAGUGCUAGUCCAGCCAGUAGCGACCGCUCGGGCACUCCUCGUAGCACCAACGGUGAUAGGAAACCGGGCGGUAGCUUGGGGGCGUUGAGUUCAAUGUUCGAUARCUUGUCCGGAAACAACACUAGUGACGCGUUAGCGCCGUCAGGUGGCAAAAAGGGCUCGAGUCAUCCAUUAGCAGCCUUACAAAAAUUAUGUGAUAAGACUGAAACCCACACAAACAACCGCACACAUUCUGCAACAUCCAAUUCGAGUGUUAACGCCAACACGAAUAAUAUUCCAACGAAUAGCGGGACGACUCCUGGUGCAAUUUUGGCCUUCAGUUGGGCCUGUAAUGACGCGGUGAUGACCUCGGAUUCGAUAAUGAAGUGCGCGUUUUGCGACACGCCGUUUAUUUCAAAGGGGGCGUAUAGACACCAUUUGUCGAAGAUGCACUUCGUGAAAGAUGGAGUUAUUCCCGAUCCGGUGGCGCUCAAAUCGUCGCAGCAGGGGUCGAGUUCGUCCAGUGAGGGGGUGCCGUUGAAAGGCACUGCUGUACCGCCGCCGAGCGGGUCCAGUGGCCCCGGGUCGACCGGGAGCAAGAGUCCGCCGGUGGCGGGAUUCGAGGAAAGCCCGCAUUCGAAGUUCUUGAAAUAUACAGAGUUAGCUAAGCAGUUGUCUAGCAAGUAUGUGUAAAUAUUGUGCGUGUGCAGAACAUUCCUAUUUUGUAAAGUAUAGUCUCGAAGGCAUAACCGCUUUGAGCGGUUUAAUAUUGUGAUGUUAUCAUAUCGUCAACCAUAGUAAUAACGGUAGCUAUAGUGAUAUUACAUUGUAAAUUCAUAGCGGAACUACAAAUUCUCAAGUGAUUAUGAUUGUUAUACGAAUUUUAAGUCACAAAAAUCCUGUAAAUAGUACCGAUAAGUCAGUAUUGUAAGAUGUAUACUUUUGAGGGGGCGGCCACCGUCGGUCUGUUUUUGCCAACAAUUUAUUUACUUAUAGUUGUGAGCACGUUUCAAGCUAGUUGCGAUGGACGGUGGUAGCGAACCGGUGCCAUUUCGGCCCUUUGACGUUUAGAAAUUUAAAGUGAAACUAAAUUAGUUGUUGGUAAAAAAAUAAAUCGUACUUUUGGGAGUAUUGAAAAUUCGUAUUAAAAAAAUUGUAGAUGUGGUACCAUUGAUUUCAUUCAUCAUGGAAAAAAACCUAUUUAUUAAGUACGAAUAUUGUAAAAGUUUGAAAUGAAAUUACACAAACACUACGUAUACGUAUAUCGUAAAUAUCUCAUCUUCCAAGAAAGUUUUUAAAUAAAUAUUUAUCAAUAAUUAUACUAUACUGAAUAAUACAAAAGAUGUAUACGCAUUAGCUGAUAUUCAUGGCAAAGCUCCUUUAUGUUAUUGAAAAUUUUUAAACUUUAUUUAAUAUUUUGUUGUAUUUGAACGCAAUGAAGGCUCAAAUAAAUAUAUGUUAUGAACAA